AUGGGAUGCAAGAGUAGUGAUGAUUCGGAUCCGGCUGGUGAAAUGGCUACAGUGGCUGGCGAUGACGAGGAAAAAAUGCUUGACAUAGGAAUGGAAGAGGAUGAGUUAGAGGGUUUUGGGUAUAAGCAGAGUGAAGGCACUACCAACACGAUAUCUAAUGCAGUACGAGUUACCGUGGCAUAUGUACUUAAGAUGGAGUUCAAUAUUCCAGAGGAAGCAACUAUUUUCUAUGAAGGGUAUAGUAUGGCAAAAGGUUUUUCGAUGCGACGAGGGAAGUUGAAAAAUAAGAAUGGUGAUUUUGUUCGUUAUACGUAUCUAUGUAAUAGACAAGGGUUCAGAGACAAGAAGUGGCUAGAGAAGGUGGAUCGAAAGAGGGAGCACAAGGUGGUAACUCGUUGUGGGUGUCCUAUGGAGAUGCAUAUUAAGCCUAAAGGAGAUAGUGGGAGAUGA